UUUAUCUACCAACGCGCAUGCGCUUAUUAGGCUUAUUAGAACUGUCCACCUGCAAAUAUUCAGUGGUUCGGUUCAUUGCAGAGUCUCAAUGAGUGAAAUUCGUCCAAUUCAGUCUUUAAUUUCAGUGUGGUUUUCCCGGAGAACUUUUGAGGAAAAGAACAAUAUCAUUGCAAGUGGUCAGCUUACUCCUGAAGUUGUCAUCACGAAAACGGAGACGAAUUUGUCACUUUCAAGCCAUCACGUACGAGAAGCAUAAAAAGGUAGCUGGCUGUCCACAGGUUAGCAAACGUUCCCGUUUGCCCCCCCCCACGGAACACAUAAUCUGGACUACGGCAGGUUAUGAUGAUUUAAACAACCUUCACGCGGCUUUGAGCAAGCACGAGCGUGCAUCCCCGCUCACAUUUCGUGUGGUGAAACAUUUCGGAAUUCACUCGUUUCGUGCGCUCAAAUGGCUUGUGCGAAACUACGCCACGAGUUUACAAACUGUGUGAGCUGUUCCGCACUUUGCCAUCCGCCACUGCAUCGGUGGAAAAGAACAUUCUCUGGACCAAAAUGGAUUAGCGCAAUGCCGUGGGACAGCAGAAAUUGUUUGGCCCUGCCAUGAUGUCUACUGGACCCGGGAUGCUCGAGAAGAUCAAGUCAGAUGGAAGCUUCUAUGACAAACACAUCGUGAAGUUUACCUAAAAGGCACCUAGGAUGGAAUUCACAAGUGGCAACGGCCCUGAGGAGGUGAACCAGUGCGACUGUGUGUGAAAGAUAAAGGGCUGCUCGGCACAUCCCCAGAGCUGGGAGGACUUGGCUCCGAACACACCACAAGUCUGCUUGCGUAACGGAGCUCACCGCUGACACCGAGGAGGUUGAGCGGUUCCGGGAUUAGAGUGUAAAAGAGUGAGGACUUGCACCUUGCACAGACUUGCUGGGAGAAGGAGGAGUCUCGCAGCUUCAUCCCCAAUGACUGUUGCGAGUAGUCCGGCAAGAGCGAGAGAGAGAGAAAGAGAGAGAAAGGGGGGAGAGAGUGAGAGAGAGCGUGAUGAGCUCUAGUAUGGAUGGCCAGCGAGACGCUGUGCAAGUGAGCCAGAGAAGACAGUGAAAGUGCAAGAAGCUCCCACCAGGAGAAGAGCAUGCGAGCCCGAGCUCAGCAGUGACAAUUCUCAAGUCUGACACGCUGAAAAGAGACGGAAGAAGGAGAAGGAGAAGGAGGAUCGGCGUUGAACUGAAGACACUGUAGCGGCUUUCCUCUGGUUUUGCCCCUCUCACACUCUCAAUCAUGAUCCCUCGGGUCCUUCUGCUCCUGUGGAUCUUCGGACAUGGUGUAGAGUCCAUGUUUUCCCAGCAGCCACAGGACUUGGUGGUGGUGGCUGGCCAACCCGUGACCUUACCAUGUUCUAUCCCCGGCUACCAUGGCGUUGUCCUGUGGAUCAAAGAUGGCCUGGCACUCGGUGUAGGAAGAGACCUCUCUGGCUAUCCCCGUUACACGGUGAUCGGCGACCACGGCUCCGGAGAGCAUCAUCUGCGAAUCCAGCGUGUGGAGCUGAUGGAUGAUGCUGUGUUUGAGUGCCAGGCCGUCCAGGCUGCCAUGAGAUCCCGUCCUGCCCGCCUUACCGUCCUUGUGCCACCUGAGGACCCGGUCAUCAGCGGCGGGCCAGUGGUGAGCCUGAGGGCCGGAGACCCACUCAAUCUGACUUGCCACGCUGAUAACGCCAAGCCAGCAGCCUCGAUCAUCUGGAUCCGCAAUGGAGAGGUCCUCAACGGGGCCAUGUACUCCAAGACAUUGCUCCGCGAUGGAAGAAGAGAAACCACCGUGAGCACGCUCUACCUGUUACCUUCCAACAUCGAGACCGGCCAACAGAUCAUCUGUAAGGCCUCAAACAAGGCAGUCCCCAAUGGCAAGGAGACGAGUGUCACAAUUGACAUCCAACAUCUGCCUCUUGUCAAUCUCUCAGUGGAGCCUCAACCGGUUCUUGAGGGAAAUCUUGUGGGAUUCCACUGCUCUGCAAAGGCCAACCCUCCUGUCACACUGUACAGGUGGGCAAAGGGAGGAAGUAUAAUAAAGGAAGUCUCCAGCGACACCUACGAGGUGAUUGUGGACCACUCCUUCUUCACAGAGCCCGUUUCCUGCGCAGUAACCAACCAACUUGGCACCACCAACGUCAGCCGUCAUGUCGACGUCUACUUCGGGCCUCGCAUGGCUGCAGAGCCUCAGUCCUUGCAGGUGGACCUUGGAUCCGAUGCUGUGUUCAACUGUGCCUGGACAGGAAAUCCCUCUCUUACAAUUGUCUGGAUGAAGAGGGGUUCUGGAGUGGUUCUUAGCAAUGAGAACCUUCUAACGCUGAAAUCCGUGCGGCAGGAGGAUGCCGGGAAAUAUGUUUGUCGUGCUGUCGUCCCAAGAGUUGGUGCAGGGGAGAAGGAAGUUUCUCUCACUGUCAAUGGGCCACCCACUAUUUCCAGCACUCAGACACAGCAAGCCUUGCACGGAGAGAAAGGACAGAUCAAAUGUUUCAUUCGAAGUACUCCACCACCAGAUCGCAUUGCCUGGUCCUGGAAAGAGACGGUUUUGGAGUCCGGGACGUCCGGCCGCUACACGGUGGAGACGGUCACCACAGAGGAAGGGGUCAUCUCCACACUGACCAUGAGUAACAUAGUGCCAGCUGACUUCCAGACAAUCUACAACUGCACUGCAUGGAACAGCUUUGGCUCAGACACUGAGAUCAUUCGCCUUAAGGAACAAGGUGGGAGCCAAGAAUCCCUUCCCGUGGCGGUGAUCAUCGGCAUUGCCGUGGGAGCUUUUGUGGCCCUCAUCGUCCUCAUGGGAACCAUUGGAGCGUUCUGUUGUACCCGCUCCCAGAGAAAGGAAGCGCACCUGGUUAUGCCCUCACUGCCCGUCUCCAUCUGUGCUCACCAGAGAGAACUUGCAAGCAAAAUUAAAACAGAAAAUCUGAAAGGGGUUGUGUCUGCGAAAAACGACAUCCGGGUGGAAAUUUUGCACAAAGACCACAACGCCGCCAGAGAAAACGAGGAGCACGCCUCCAUGAAACAACUGAUGGUGAGUGUGGAACGCGGAGAGUUCCAGCAAGAGUCUGCUCUUAAGCAGCUGGAGGUUCUGCAAGAGGAAGAGAAAGAGUAUCAGCACAUUAAGGACCCCACAAAUGGCUACUACAGCGUCAAUACGUUCAAGGAGCACCCGACGCCAACCGUGGCAGGGAACCAGUCCGCUGACGGGAGGAAUCCGACAAACACAAGCACCCUAGGCAAGCAAAGGGUCCCAACGGGCAUGUCCUUCACCAACAUCUACUCCACCCUGGGAGCAGGCCCCAAUCGUCUAUACGACUACAGCCAACGCUUCGUUUUGGGCAUGGGCAGUAGCUCCAUUGAGCUCUGCGAGAGGGAGUUCCAACGCGGGUCCUUAAGCGAUUCCAGUUCAUUUAUCGACACGCAGUGCGACAGCAGCGUCAGCAGCUACAGCAAACCGGACGGCUACGUGCAGUUCGACAAAGACAGCAAGGCGUCGGCCUCCUCGUCGUCCCACUACUCCCAGUCUUCGUCGCAGAACUCGGACCUGACCCGGCCCCUGCAGAAGCGCAUGCAGACCCAUGUCUGACAACCAGGAUGGGAGGGAUGCCGUUGAAACAGGGUGUGAACAAGCCUCAGUGUGAAACUGUAUGCUCUUGUAGAUGUGCAGGAAAUCAAAAGUUGUGACUUCUUUUCAGACUUUGCAAUGUCUUCAAAUGUGGGUCAAGAAGCCUUAUACUGCCCAAUCAUGUCGUUAAUUUUUUUUUGUUUUGUUUUUUUAAUCCAUAAUCUUGAGUAGUGCCACAGCAGUGAUGCUUGCCAACACAGAGACGAUCCAAAUACGGAGCUUGAACUGAUUUACCACACGGGAUUGUUCCACUGAUUAAUGGACAGUGAUAAUACAAGGCUUUGUUUGAUAAUCUUCUCCCUUUGCAGAGACUUUUUUUUUUCGGUUUUGUUUUAAGAUUGUCAUUCUAAAAAAAGAAAUUUUUAUCAGUGUUGGAAUGAAAGAGUACAAGUGUGAGCUACUUUCCCACUGCUCUUUCAUGUUCUGUAGUUUGAAGCACAAAGACUGAAUGUGCACGACGUUUUUAGGUGUUGCAACAACAAUUCGGCACCCAUCGCCAACCCCCUACCUCCUUUGGCCCUCAGCUCAGCUUGUUGCGACGCAGUAAAACGUGCGUCCCUCCACAUGCCCACAGACGUGUUUAGUAGUAGAGGGAGACGCUAAAGAAGGGCUGAGGACACAUUUACAAUCCAGAGUCUUGUGUUUUACAUCGACGCUCACAUUGAAUAGUAGUGUACAUAUUGUAUAUGCCUGUAAAUUAUUUUUGGAAUCUUAACGAGACAACAGUGGUUCACAUUGUCCCAAAAAAAUGUAUUCUCGACUUUGCCUUGAGAUCCUGUUGGAACUGCUGUCAAAGUGUUGACGAAGCAAGGCGGGCUUCCCUGUCGACGCGGAGGGGGCGACGUAACGUAACGCAACGCAACGCCGGCCCGUAAGCGAACUUGUGCUGCGCCAGAAGUCAUCAGCCAUACGCACUGAAUGAAAUGUAAACAUAUUGUAGUGAAAAUUCUUAUUUUUGUCGUUAUAUUGGUGUGAGUAGUGAGUGUUACUGAUGGAACAGGAAUUGGACACACAGGAGUUAAAUUUACAAAUUCACAAAGCUUUUGUCUCUUGAUUUUUAUUUUCUAUUUACUGAAUUAUUAUUAUUAUUAUUACUAUUAUUGUUAUUAUUAUUAUUAUUAUUUUCGCCACCAAUAUGGUCAUGUUCAACCUGGCUGCAAGUUUGAGCUUGACUUUUAAUUUGAUACUGUUUAAUUUUAUUAUCGUCACUCUAAAAAAAUUGAAAAUUACAACAGUGAUGUGUACAAAACAAUUGCUUUACCUUCCAAUUUGAAAAAAAAAAAAAAAAAAAAGAAAUGUUAAAAUCUGUUGGUUAUCGUAAAAUAUGUAAGUAAAUCCCAAUAAAUUUAACUGGAAAAUUGAAGUCAUAUUUCUUAGUUCCGAAGUGUAGUACGGCAACUGUAAUAUAAAAUAUACUGUGUGUAUAUAUUUUUGGCAAAAGAAUAAAAUAAAAGCUUGUGUUUAUGUAUCAAACCGUAUCAAACAAGGUUUCAUUCAAAUUUGGCAAAAUACAAUUUUUUUCAGACAAUGAUUUCUCCCUCAAACCUCAUUGGAAUGAAAACAAUUCCAACCUGCUCUGAUGGGAUUUGAGAAAGAAAAA